AUUUACUUACAAAGAGGUGCAGCUAGCAUUUUGAGUUAUUUCAGUUCUUUUAAGAGAGCGGUUUCGCUCUACAGAUUUAGCAUCCAGAUUUCUUCGUAUUUCUAUGUACAGUGGAUAGUUUCCAGGUUGCAGUUGUUCGUUUGACAGUUUAUAGUGUGUACAGUUUCGUGUUGUGAGUUUCCCGCGCUUGACAUUAUCAAGCAGUAUGCCUCUCCGAGAUUCAGAGGGAAGGUUUUGUGGAACGCUUCAGCGUAAAGAAAGCGAUGGACAGUGGGACCGCUAUUACUUUGUACUGGACGAAGACAAAUGUUUGCUUCGUUAUUUUUCCCCUUUGAACGAACAGGAAAAAGUUAAAUUGGAUUGGGAGGAUUAUAAAGGGCAGAUAAACAUCAGGCUUAUUACCAAGAUUGAGGACAAGUCAAAAAAUGAAGGAUGUAUUGAGAUUCAAACAUGUAAUGAAAGAUAUUACGUACGAGCUGAUACCAAAGAAGGAGGAGAAGAAUGGAUACGAACACUCCGCAAAGCUGCUGUACAUCCCACUAAGAGAAAGGAUGACUCCACUGCCAGGGAAGAGAAAUCAGCAAAUCAUCGCACAGUUGGGACUGACAAAGACAAUACAUCAGAAAAGACAGAACGUGUUGUGUAUGAAACAAAAAUUAUUGGAGGAGUGGCUGUGAAAACUCCUGUGAAAAAGAAUACUGAUGUAGACAGUGAGGGGGGAAGUUUGCCUGGUGAUUCUCUGAUACGUUCUGGUUCAGCUGGUAUGACGAGUACAAUAAAACCCAUUAAAGAAGGAUACUUGACAAAGAAGGGAGCAGUGGUCAAGAGUUGGAAAAAGAGAUAUUUCAAGCUGGACACUUUUAGACUUGCGUAUUAUGAUAAAUAUAAUGACAAAGAGCCUAUCAAAGUGAUUAAUUCAAAUGAGGUUCUUGCUGUGAAACCAAGUCAGAGUACAGAAAACAAUCGAGAGCAUCUGUUUGAGGUGGUAACACACACUAGAACAUUCUUGAUCCAGGGGAAAUCUGAAGAAGAAAUGCAUUCAUGGAUUGAUGCUAUUGCUAGUGCACUGCUAAGAGGGAGAUCAUCAAGUGAAUCAGAUGCUAAAAAGAGUCAAGAGAUAUUUAGAAAAAGUGUAAAUUAUCCAUAUGCAGAGACGACAACCCUUUAGCAACAGAGAACAGUGAACAAGAGCAUUGCUGAAUGAGGACACCUAUUCAAGAUAAAGACUUGAUAUCAACGAUGAAUACUGCCUGUGAAUAACUUUAACUGCACAAAAUUGUCAAAAUUGCAAAAAAAUGUUUGCUUUCCCCUCAGUGACAAUUGAUGGGAAAUGCAGAGGAGUUGUGAGGAAGCUAAAAUUGAGAAAAUCAUCAAAAAUUACAAUAUUUUCUUAUUUUCAGCCUUCUUUUCCAAUUAGUGUGGAGUGAAUUGCCUGGUAAAAGGCUUUUGAAGCAGUGAGUCUAGGAGGAAACCAUUUGACAAAAAAAUUGUGAAAAUUACAAAAAGUGCUUGACCUUGUUAUAGUUACACAAGUUUUUCAAUUUUGUAUCUUUUUCAGUCCUGGACAUAAUGAGGAAUUGGGUGUGGAGAGGGGAAUUCACUGGCCGUGGUACAUUUGUCUUUCUUUUUUCACAAAAAGUGAUAACUUAAAAUAUUCUCAAAACAAAUGGUUUGUCUCUGUUUUCCUGUAAAUAUAUGGGAAUUGCAAAAACCUGAGGUAACCAUAUUGUGUAACAAUGGUGUGAAUUAACUGGUCCUUGUCAAAUUUAUAAAAGAUUUAUGGUGGUAUGCCACAUUAAUCUUUCCAGUUGGGACCUACCUAUGUGUUAUUGAUAGGUUAUUAACAUUUGAAAGUCAGUAAAACUAACAGAGGUUGUUUAAUAAUGGGAGUUGAACUGAAUGAAGUGCAGUUUGGUUUGGUCUGAAGUCUUACUUUUGAUUUAUAAUCCACAAGAGGUAAGUAUGAUUUUAGAUCAUAAUUGUACAACUUCAAGUUCAAUUACCACAGUGCCUUUGUUGCAUCCAUUUUGAAAUGUAAAAACUCAAUUGCCUAAAUGCAGGAUUUUAGUCAGUACAAAUGUUUCAUUGCUGUUUCUCAAAAACUGUAAGAAAUUAAAUUCAGUGGUUGAUUUGGAAAAAGAAAGGAGUUUUGUCAACAAAAGUUGCAAAUUCUUCACCUAAUGCUUUGUCUGUCACAAUCCUGCAAUUUGAGUAGUAUAACUUUUAAAAAGCCUUGAAAUCUGAUUGCUUGUCUUGUUUGAGUGCCUUUUCGUUGGUUUGGAAGGAGGUGUGAUUUGGAGCAAAAAAAAUGCGACUUGUGAUUAAAUUGUACUGCUGAGAGCCAAUCAGAUUUUAAGGAUCAUCAGUAAUUUCAAAAUGGAAGUAAUAAAGUUAAAAUUUCUAUAAAUAUCUUAACAUAACGAUUAGAGGAGUGACUGGUGAUUUUUAUCACCUGAAUGGCGACUAGCAAGAGGCGAAGCCCUUAGCUUGCAAGUUCAAAAGUUAUGCCACUUAAACUUUUAUGCAUUUCAUUUUGGGAGAUUUUUAGAAAUUUACUCAGUAUUUAUUGAGGGAAAACCUUGUAGUUGGGGUGCACAAGCUUAUCAUAGUAUGAGAGUUUGCAUUUAUUUAGAAUAUUAAAGUAGAGGUUUGUUAAGUUUAGAUAAACUAGAAAAAUUUCAUUAUAUUUUUGGAAAAACCGUUUUUUGCAUAUAUUCAUAUACAAGAACAUAUUGAGAGAUUCAUUUAUAGUAAUGUAAGUAAAGGGAUUUUUCCAACAAUUAUGAGCGCAGUAAUUUUUUUAGGAAUAAUUUUUGAAAGUGCUGUAAGUUAUUUUUUUUAGUGCUGAAUGUAACUAAGUUAAAAGUGUCUCAUUCAAUAUAACAACUUGGUGGUGGUUUAAGGA